AUGAUACCACCAUGUCCACGAUGCGGUAAAGAUGACUUUAAAAAAACUCGUGACCAAAAAGCUCAUCUAAAAAGAAAGUUUAAAUACAAACCAAAGCCUAUUCAAAUACCAGUACAACUUUCUCCCUCGCAGAACGAAAUUCAAGAUGGGGAUCCAGAAGCCGGUCCAGGCCCUGCCACCCAAGCAUAUAGAGAG